GUCACGAACACAUCUCUUAUGAGAAAUUGUUUUGAUAUUGCUUUGGAACGCUCAAGAUAGGAAAAUAAAUUUUGUUGGUUCUACCUGGAUUUCAGAAAGUACUGCGCAUACGCAGCCCUUCAGGACUCAUUUACGCAUUGGCUUUAAAGGAAUAAGCGUCGUUUGUAAAGAGUGUAUGUAUUUUCUCUUGCUCUUACGGUAUUGGACAAGACACUCAAAGGAAAUUCAAAGAAGCUGCGCCAUUCUCACACCGAUCCUCAACGCUUAAUGGAAUCUUUAAGAUACAGUUAUAGGCACAUACAAAUCUCAGAUAAACCCCAUACUGGUACAUAUGUGUUUCUACGUUCAUUGAUGUAUUAAUUCUCAGCAAAACUACGACUUACGCAUUGCUAUAAGCAAGCAUAACAUAACACAAGUAUUAACCGCUCUUCAGUAACUAGGAUGUUGUGAUGCAGUGAUCAGCAUCCACAAUUAAAUUUUGUUUUUAUGUAUUUUAAAUGUCGAGUUAACGAUCAAUAAUGCAAAAGUGUACCGAACUGGGAAAGAAUUCCAUGGCAUGGCAGCAUUUCGUUCGCUUUGGUCAGAACAACCUGAAGGUGAAAAAAGGCCCAAAUGGUCACUUUUUAGAGAAAAGAUGUCGCGAUGAGCUACAGAAGUCGCUACCUGCAAAAUCAUUUGAGGAACUGAUGGCUUGGGUGGGCCAAUGGCUGAAACGAUUGGACGAGAAGAACGGUAUAGUGCCAUCACAGGAAGACUCCCAGCAAGAUCGGAGCGAUAAGGAUUCUGAGAGUUCUACGUUGGAGCAAGAGGAGUCUAAGACACCAGCUGAUCCAACAGUUGUGGACCUCUGCAGCGAUGGAGAGGAAGGAGAUUCUCUUCUAUGUUUUCCCGAAAAGGAAACCCUUGACCCUGAAUCUGUCAUCUCCACUUCCUCCCUUAUAAUCCUCGACGAUGAAUUGGGGGAGGUUAACUUAAAGGACUAUGCGGAUCAUGUCGAUGGAAAACUAGACGCAGAUUCUUUAAGGCAGCGAAAUCGAAAGUUGGAGAAUAAGGCAAAUUUUACGGAAAAAAAACAGAGUUCGAUAAAGGAAUUUUUGACUCCUACAAAAUCGAAGGCUGAAAUAACUUUGUUACGGAGCUCUUUAAAAACAUAUGUCAGAAAACCAAAGAUACCCGCAAAAGAAGAGGCAGACGACAUGGCAAGUGAAAAGCGAAGCUCCUUGAUACUUCGUGAACUUAACUCCGAGGGAGGAACCAAUUCCAAUAUCUCAUUUAAAGGUGAACCGAUACCUGACCUGGUAGUUAUCGAUGAUAUAAGCCAAGAAGAGCUAGAAAAUAUUGAAAACAAAAUAAAACCAAAGACUAUUGCAAAUCAUGAUUUGACUCAAAACCCUUCCAUUAAUGAAGAGCUCAACCAAAUCCCCACCGAAAAUGAAGUGUCAAAAUCAAAUACCGUAAUCGAUAAAGAAAAUCCGUCUAGUGAUCCUGGAAUAUGCAAAGAAAUUAAACCAACACCUGAUAGUCUCCCAACUAUGCCCAUAAAAUCUGAGACAGAAGUGCCUUUGAAAUUAAAUGGAGAAGCCAAAGAAAAUAGUGAGCCAAGUACAACAACAAAUGAGGAGAAAAAACCUAGCAUAACGAUGCAAGAGUCUCAAAAUCAAGAGGAAGUAAAAGAAACGCCUGUUCUGACGGAUAUUUUCUCGGGUGAUCCUUGCAAUAUUAACCAAGAAGCUCUACCCGAGAAACAGAAUCCUAAUCCGAUAAGGGUUCGCAAUAACCUCGUCCCCGAUGUGAUACGGGUUCGCACCGAUCUCUUGCAGGAGCAAGUUGAUCGAAUACCACCGGCAGGACCUCUAAAUCAGUUACGGGAUCAAGUUGAUCGAAUAUCUCCAGUUGUACUCUCCAAGGCUCCUGGAACAGCUGAAAAGCGAAGAUUGCCCCUGGAGACGGAAGGAAAUCAAUGCGAAUCGAGUUCAAUAAGCUUGCAUGGGCAACCGAAAAGAACAGCCAUAGAAAACUAUAAUACUGCAUCAGUUACUACCUCUAGACCGCUUCCGAAUAUUCCGGUGUCGGCUGCACCGCCUAAUAUUUCCAAUUAUCAGCCCGUCAGCCCAGUUAUCCCCACGAUUUCUUCAUCAGUUGCCAUUACGAGACAUCCACCAGCUCUUGCUCCAAGCAACACCUCCACUUAUCCCACCACUGCUCCUGUAAAUGCUGUAUCGGCUUCCGUCACUUAUCCACCAGUUCGUCCAGCACCACCUACAGUAACUAACUAUCAUUCGAAUUUGGUACCCAGGCAACCUUACAGCGCGACAUAUCUACCAGCUGCCCCUGUGAUUCCUCCACCUGUUGCCAAUUCCAGCUAUCCAUUGGUUCCUGGAUCUAGUUAUGUUACAAACAAUAGUUAUCCAUCAUUUGUGCCUCCUGCUCCUAGACCAGCUAACACGGUGUGGUAUCCACCACCGAGAUAUCCGCCAGCUGUUCCUGUGGCUUCUCAACCAGUUACAACCGCUGCUUCUUGCAAUACCUUCACCACAGGACUAGUGCCUACAUCCCGAUAUCCUCCUCCUAAUACUGUGGCUCCUGCACUUACAACAACAUCUAUUUAUCAACCAAAUAAGCCCGGACCCCCUGCACCUGUUACAUCUUCCAGCUAUCAACCGAAUAUUUCUGUGGCUCCUGCUCCCCCUAGGACAUCCAAUACUCAGCUUCCAAUGCGGGAUUCUCGCACCGAUUUGACCCACAUCAUGGGCUUGCUAGCCCAAGUGGAAUUCUAUGCCUAUAGCCAAAAGAAUCAGGAGGCCUUUCAUCUCGUGAAUCAGCUGCGCAUUAGCCUCCAGAAAGGAGCGGCAAGUAAUGGCCAGGCUCCUCAGCGAAAUGUGUAGUUUUAACCGCUGCAUACUUAAAUAUUUAAUCAUUCGAAAUUUAAAAUGUUAUAGAUUAUUUAGGAGAACUACCAUAUCUGUAUUUUCAUACUAAAAUUGAUUCGUUAUAUAUUUUGAUACCAUAUAUCAAAUAAAAAUUGUUUAAAUCUUUUACAAUAA